CAGAAGAUGUAGCGAUGAUUUCGAGAAGAGGCUGCAGUAUAUUUCCAAAAAGGAAGCUGCGGUUAUGGCCAGGGUCAAUUGGAGAAACCGGUCAUGGCGGAGAACUUCGCGCCAGAUCAUCAUAAUUUCUGUUAUAUUUGAGGUAUUGCCCUUAGCAAGCAUGGAGAAGCUGCAAAAGUCGUUUCGGAGGAACAAUUGAGUGCUGCUGAAAUGGGACAAAGAAUUAAGCUAUUACAAGAAGAUAGGUUCCUCUUGAGCUUCCAUUUUCAAAGGGAGAAGCCAUGGAUGACUCAACUUGCCUCUGUCACUUGCAUCUCUUUGGCUGCUAAAGUUGAAAAAACUCAAGUGCCUAUUCUCUUGGACCUUCAAGUUGAAGAUGCAAAAUAUGUGUUUGAGUCAAAGACUAUUCCGAGAAUGGAGCUUCUGAUUCUGUCCACCUUGAAUUGGAAGAUGCACCAUGUGACCCCACUCUCAGCGAUUGAAGACUAGUGUCCAUGUUAACUUGGUCUUCCAUAUAGGACUGAGAAUCAAGGUGCUAUAGAUGCUGCAAUUGUUGGUGCUCUGUGCAGGGAUUGUAGCAAACAAGUGUACUUGGGUGGAUUUGACAGCACAUGCUGCAGCUAGGGCAUAUGAUCGAGCUGCGAUCAAGUUCCGUAGCAUUGAUGCAGAUAUCAAUUUCAACGUCAGCGAUUAUGAUGAAGAUAUAAAGCAGAUGAGUAACUUUAAAAAAAUUGAAAUGCAGAGAAAAGCAGCAUUGCCGUUGAGGGACACAAAAAGCGGCAAUGCGAACAAGAUGAAGGCUCUGUGCGGCAAGGAAGCUUUGUUGCUAGGUGCCAGUCUUAUUCAGAUUCAGAUGAAGCUGUGGACACUACCACUGAAGAAUCAAAUGUCAAAUGAUAUUGGCAUCGUUGCUGAUAAUGUCCAAGAUUUUGGUGAUGCGACGACCUUCCCUGCUGCUCCUGAAGUUGAUACCAUAUGUGUUUUUUCGAAAAAUAGUGCAAGAUGUAAUAGUAAUUCUGCUCAUGGGGCUAUGGAUUCAUGGUCAAAUACAACACCUAUCUAAGGU